AUGCCUUCUGCUAUUGUGACGGGUGCUACCGGAAUCACUGGUAGCGCCAUUGUUCACCACCUGUUGAAAGAUCCUUCUUAUGAUAAGAUCUAUUCAUUUUCCCGCAGUAAUCCGGGAUACAAGGACCCAAAAAUCCAACAUGUCACGUUGGAUCUCCAAGGGCCCGCAGAGGAUAUGGCAAAAUCUCUCAAGGGAGUAUCUGCUGAAUAUAUCUAUUUUUGCGCCUAUCUAGUACCUCAAAACCCCGACGAGUUGUCAAAAGUGAAUUCAGCGAUGCUGUCCAAUUUCCUACAGGGUCUCGCGUUGACCGGGGCCACUGGAAAUAUUAAACGAUUCAUUUUGACCUGCGGAUUUAAGCAGUACGGCGUGCAUAUUGGACGGGGCAAGCAGCCCCUGCUGGAAGAUGAUCCUCUCCUUGAAAAUGGGGCAGGCGGAGCCCAGUGGCCUCCAAUCUUUUAUUAUGACCAACAGCGCAUACUGAUUGAAGCCGCUAAGAAGGGCGCAUGGGAAUGGGUUGUUACUCUUCCCCAGGAUGUCCUCGGAUACGCCAGAGGAAACUUCAUGAAUGAAGCCACGUCGCUUGGGCUAUACUGCGCAGUGAGCAAGGCAAUGCCCGGCUCAGAGUUGCCUUACCCCGGGAGCAAGGCCAAUUACUUCACCUUAAACUGCUGGACAUCGGCCAACCUACAUGCGAUCUUCUGUCUUUGGGCCGCGAAGGCUCCUGGAGCAGGCAAUGAGAUUUUCAACGUGAUAAAUGGCGAUACAGAGUCCUUCCAGAAUCUUUGGCCCCGUCUCGCAGCCAGAUUUGGCUGUCGUCUUCCUGAUCCCAUGUUCCCCAAUGGCGGAACCCCGGGCUCGAAGGGCUUCAAGAAUUAUGAAUCAUCUACCAUAAAACUGGAGAAUAAGCCACCCAUGAAGGUGGCGGCUUCCAGUCUAGGUAUCUCUGGUGAUCCACUCGCUGAAACUUUACCGACCUUUUUCCUCCAAGUUGAUCCCGAGAAGUGGGCGAAGCGAGUUGAUGUUAAUCAGGCCUGGGCACAACUUCGCGAUAAAUACGGCCUUGAUCAGAAGGCCUGGGAGAAGGCCACAUGGGAUUUCUUGGUCAUGACACUGGGUCGGGAUUGGCAUUGUGUGGCAAGCAUGAGCAAGGCGAGGAAGCUGGGGUGGACAGGAUAUGCAGAUACUUGGGGAGAGUUGGAGGACACUCUGGAGAUACUGGAGAAAGAGGGUGUUCUGCCACCUUUGGAUCAACUGAAGGGUGAUUUUUAG